AUCACUGCUAUCAGAGAUGGCAUUUUGGUCCAGCACUUCGGUUUUUACCUCUAAAGUGCCCAGGAAAAUUUUAUUCAUGUUCACCCUCUCCCUUUCUGUCACCUACUUGUUCUAUAGCUUGAUGAGCUGUUACAACUCGUUACAGUUCCCCUUGCAAGAGAACUACGUGUACCAAGGGAGGCUGGUGACGGAGGAGACAACUUUCGUAACAUUAAGGGAGAAACUUUAUUCCACUUCACCCCAGGGCUAUUUGGACGAGGAGCUGAUAGAGGUUACUGCAGCCGCCGAGCAAACGGUUGCAAUUUCCACUGUCAAAGAUAAUGUGGAGACCGAGCAAAGAACAUUGGAUUGGGUUAGGAAUCAAGCGGCUCCGACUAAAACUGCCGCGGUGUAUCAAUCUCCCGCUCUGGAGAGGGAGCACCAGGAAUUCAGCACCACGGACAACGAACUCAGGGUGAACUGCACCUCGGAUUAUGGGGUGAAAAAAUUACCCCAAGCCAUUAUAAUUGGGGUGAAGAAAGGAGGCACCAGGGCUCUGCUCGAAGCUUUGAGGGUCCAUCCCGAUAUCAGAGCCGUUGGGAAUGAGCCGCAUUUCUUCGACAGGAACUACGAGAAAGGGCUGGAUUGGUACAGAGACCUGAUGCCUUCGACGCUGGAGGGACAAAUCACCAUGGAGAAGACACCCAGUUACUUUGUGACUAGCCACGCCCCCAAACGCAUCCACACGAUGGCCAGGGACAUCAAGUUAAUCAUUGUGGUUCGCAACCCUGUCACCAGGGCUAUUUCAGACUACACACAGACUCUGUCCAAGAAACCUGAGAUCCCAACCUUUGAGGUUUUGGCCUUUAAGAACCGGACGCUGGGCCUAAUAGAUGCGUCGUGGAGUGCUCUACGUAUAGGGAUCUACGCGCUCCACUUGGAGACGUGGAUGCAGUACUUCCCUCUCGCCCAGAUGCACUUUGUCAGUGGAGAGAGGCUUAUUGUUGAUCCCGCUGGAGAGAUGGGCAAGGUACAGGACUUUCUUGGGCUCAAGCGGAUCGUCACGGAUAAACACUUUUACUUCAACAAAACGAAGGGAUUUCCUUGUCUCAAGAAGCCAGAGGACAGCAGCACCCCGAGAUGUCUCGGCAAAUCUAAGGGGAGAACUCACCCUAAAAUUGACCCGGACGUUAUCCGCCGACUGCACAAGUUCUUCAAACCCUUUAACAUGAUGUUCUACCAAAUGACUGGCCAGAACUUUGAGUGGGAGCUGGAGGAGGGCAGUGACUCUCGGGGCUCUCAGAACUAACAGACUGUUGCCUCACGUCACAGCCACAGCUACACCACCAGCCUUUCUCAAUAACACAUCCACUGUCUGUCCCUACCGCUUCAUCCUCUGAGAGAGGGCUUGAGUACGUCAAUCAAUCAUGGCUGUCUUUGAGAAGGUGUCUGUAUCCAUAGGAAAAAAAGAGUUUACCGAUAUGCUUCUAUUCUCGCCCUCAAAACUAAUGUUGUUGAUGGUGGCAAAACAUUAUUGUACAUACUAUACAUAAAAU